GUACAAAAAUGUAAACACUAAACAUCAGCUGUUAAAUGCUGGUGGCUGGCGUUUGCUGUCUAAUUGGAAAUAUUACAAAGUAUUUCAUAAUUUUUAUUUUGCGUUCUAGUUUAAUUGCACAUUUACUAAAUUUAUUUUCACCGUCCAAUAUUAUCUCCAAGUUACUAGUUAGAAGAGAGUUUCACUACCACCGUGCACGCAGUUACCUACUAUGUUUCGACCGGCCCCUCUACUUCGCCAGGUGCGGCGAUCUCAUUCUGCUGCGUGGCAGAAAAAUCCUCACCUAGAUGAGAUCAUUCGAGUGGACCAUGCGGGGGAACUUGGCGCUGAUCGUAUCUACGCGGGCCAGAUGGCUGUGUUGGGCACCACAAAGGAGGGUCCUCUCAUCCAACACAUGUGGGAGCAGGAGAAGAACCAUCGCAAGAAGUUCGAGGAGCUCAUCUCCAAGUAUCGCGUGCGACCCACUGUGAUGACACCCUUGUGGAACGUCGCUGGCUUCGCCCUUGGCGCUGGUACGGCAUUGCUGGGUAAAGAAGCAGCGAUGGCUUGUACAGUGGCCGUGGAGACUGUGAUAGUGGAACACUACAACGACCAGUUGAGGAUACUCAUGGAGGACCCGAACAUCGAUAGGGAGAUCCUGGAGACUAUCACGAAGUUCCGUGAUGAAGAGCAGGAGCACCACGAUACUGGGAUCGACCAUGGGGCAGAACAGGCACCUUUCUACAAAGCGCUCUCUGAGGUUAUAAAGACGGGCUGUAAGGUUGCCAUAUCUAUAUCUAAAAAGAUAUAGGCACAGCCGUACAAUUGACAACAGAUAAUGAAAAUCUUCAGAUUACAGUUAAGUGGAAUUCGCAUGCAGAAUGGGUAACAGGUAUAUAAAAUAGCUAGGGGCAGAAUGUAUGGAUGUCAUUUUAUUGGAGUAUUUGCCCUGACAAUUGGGCGUGACACCCAAAUGUUUCCCAGGGACACAAAUGCCGGUAUAAACAGAUUAAUUUGGGUUUGUGGAUUAAUCACGUGAAUCUCGAAGAAGGGGAGUUACUGGAUUCGGGAAAAAUCUCGAAAUAUCACAAGGCUAUACCCUUGAAGGUAGUGAGAUAUCACGUCUAACCUCACCACCUAUCACCAGGGUAGGAGUGAGGGGGCUUAAAAAGUUGCUAAAAUAUCACGUGAUUAGUGGACAACCCUUUUCAAUUAACUGAACUGCUUUUUCCUGUUAUCAAUCAUGUGAUUUAGUCUUUUGUUUGCAAUUGGCCUAUAUUUUUGUACGCCAAAUAAAAAGUUAUUAAUUCGUUCGUAGCAAUACAAUUAGUUGAACAAAAUAUAGACGCCGUCUGUCUGUUCUAUAUUCUGGAGUGAUAUGUGAUGAUUAUUUUUUGUAGUGUAGGAAUAAAUGCUUUAUUUUAAGUA